AUGACAGCACAUGUGAAGCAUGUUACCGAGGUCCUCACUCACUUAAGGAGCAACAGGCUCUUUGCUAAGCUGUCGAAGUGUGAGUUUCACACCAAGAUAGUCGAGUUCCUGGGAUACAUCAUCAAGCUGAUGGGCAUAGAGAUGGACCCAGAAAAGGUGUGCACUGUCAAGGAGUGGCCAAUGCCAGAGUUCAUAGCCCACUUUGCUCACAUAGCCAAGCCCUUGACAUCACUGGUAAAGCCUAUAGAACGGUUCAAGAAGUUCGAGCUACCAGAGGAGGCCCAGCAGGCUUUCCACAAGCUCAUCCAGGCAUUCACAUCAGCAGGAGUGCUCCAGCACUUCAACUACCACCUUUCAACAAGGUUGGAAACUGAUGCAAGUGACUUUGCUAUAGCAGGAGUACUCAAGCAGGAGCAUGAAGGACGAUGGCAUCCAGUGGCCUUCUACUCUAGGAAGAUGUCUUCUGCCGAGAAGAACUAUGAGAUCCAUGAUAAGGAGCUCCUAGCUGUGGUCGCCUGCCUCACUCAGUGGCGACACAUGCUAGCUGGACUACCGAACCAACUGGUCAUCCUCACUGACCAUGAAGCCCUCAAGUACUUCAAGUCACAGAGACGCAUCACAGGUCGACAAGCUCGAUGGGCAAUACUACUAGCAGACUUCGACUUCAUAUUGCAGUAUCGACCAGGAGACAAAGGUGGUGAACCCGAUGCUCUCACCAGAAGGACAGACAUGCAGCCAGCCGGUGAAGAGCAGGAUCACAAUGUGAGGCAACUACUGCCUCCUCGAGUGUUCAAGGAGACAGCAGUCCAUGACUCGCUCCUAGUGGCCCCCAUGAUCUCGAUGGAGUCCAUAGCAUCAAAAGGUCUCAAAGACCUGGUCCAGAUCUUCCAGCCCUUAGACCAAGAGCUACAGGAGAUACAUAGGAAGAAGCCCUUCGAGGUCAGGGAUGACCUAUGGUACAGUGGAGGAAGGUUGGUUAUCCCCAAAGUGAUCAUGCCAGGGAGGACCAACAACCGACACUCAAGGAGUGCCAAAGAGGUAGAUGGACAGUCUCUCUCUGUAGAGCAUCUGCGAUUCAUGGUGAUGACCCAAUGCCAUGAUGGUAUCACUGCUGGACACGUAGGAAGAGAUGCUACCAUCAAGGCAGCACAACGACAUUACUGGUGGCCAAACAUGACAGCUUGGAUUGCAGACUAUGUAGCAAGUUGUCCUGUAUGUGCUAGGUACAAAGCUCCUCGUCACCAUUCAUAUGGUUUGCUACAGCCACUAGCAACACCAGACAGGCCCUGGGGCUCCAAAUCCCUCGACUUCAUCAAAGGAUUACCACCAUCAAGGAACUAUGACUCCAUCCUCGUCAUUGUUGACAGGCUGACCAAGUUUGCCAUACUAGCUCCAACCCAUAAGACAGUCAUGGCCAAACAGACUGCAGUGUUGCUACACAGACACAUGGUUAGACUUUUUGGAUAUCCAGAUCACAUGGUCUUGGACCAAGGCAGGCAGUUCAUAUCAGGAGCAUGGAAGGCAUUCGCAGAACAAAUGGGUGUGAAGCACUCACUUAGCACAGCUUACCAUCCUCAAACUGAUGGUCAGACAGAGAGGGUCAAUCAGGUCAUGGAGCAAUACCUAAGGAUGUACUGCAACUAUGAGCAGAAUGACUGGGCCAACCUGCUGGACACUGCAGCCUUUGCAUACAACAACACAGUCCACAACAGCAUUGGUGUCUCACCAUUCUUUGCAUGCUAUGGAUGGAACCCCAAAGCUCAUCCUGAUAUCCCUCAAUGGUUGGGAGUCAAUGACCCAGGUCGCUUCGAGUACCUCAUGGAUGGGAAGGAGCAUUGCAAGUACCUCCAGGAGCAGAUCAGAGAGGCACAAUGUAGAUCAGUAGACCAGUAUAACAGGAAGCACAAGGACAUCGAGUUCAAGACAAGGAGACCCACACCCAAGUUAGAUACUCAGUUUGCAGGACCCUACCCAGUUCAGGAAAGGGUAGGAUGCCAAGCUUAUCGAAUCACAUUGCCAGCAAACCUUAGGGUGCAUGAUGUGUUCCAUGUCUCCAUGCUCAAACCAGCAAGAACAAUUUCUCUUCCUCAACGAGCUGAACAGCCCACCAUACCAUCACUUCCUGAUGAGGACCUUGAUUUCGAAGUUGAAGCACUCAUCGACAAGCAUUCACACAAUGGGACUGCAGAGUACAAAGUGUUGUGGAGAGGGUACUCAGAAGAAGCUGCUUCAUGGGAACCAGUAGAGAACCUCAAUUGCCCCGACCUCAUCCAGGAGUAUGAGGUAUCGGAGGGGGGACGAGCGAGUAGACAGAGUAGAGAGAGGAGGAGAGAACAGGAGGAGUAG